UCCCAGAGUUCCUAUUGGGUUAACACUGGAGGCUCUAAGAUGGCGGCAGUGGCAACCUGCGGCAGUUCUGCCGGGAGUACUGGGUCUGCAGUGGCGACAGCCAGCAAGAGCAACGUCACCAGUUUCCAGAGGAGGGGUCCUAGAGCCAGCGGGACCAACGACAGCGGCCCUCGACUGGUGUCCAUUGCGGGCACGCGACCGUCGGUGCGGAAUGGACAGCUGCUGGUAUCAACCGGGCUCCCAGCCCUGGACCAGCUCUUAGGUGGAGGUUUAGCCGUUGGAACAGUUCUUCUAAUUGAGGAGGAUAAAUAUAAUAUUUACUCACCUUUGCUCUUCAAGUAUUUCCUGGCAGAAGGAAUUGUCAAUGGGCAUACUUUGUUGGUUGCAUCUACUAAAGAGGAUCCUGCCAACAUUUUACAGGAACUCCCAGCACCAUUACUUGAUGAUAAAUGUAAAAAGGAAUUUGAUGAAGAUGUAUACAAUCAUAAAACACCAGAAUCUAAUAUUAAGAUGAAAAUAGCUUGGCGUUACCAGUUAUUACCCAAGAUAGAGAUUGGACCAGUAUCAUCUUCAAGAUUUGGUCACUAUUAUGAUGCAUCAAAAAGAAUGCCACAAGAACUAAUUGAGGCUUCAAAUUGGCAUGGAUUUUUUCUUCCAGAAAAAAUAUCUUCAACUCUCAAAGUAGAACCCUGUUCUUUGACCCCUGGCUACACAAAGCUGCUUCAGUUUAUCCAGAACAUCAUUUAUGAGGAAGGAUUUGAUGGAUCCAAUCCUCAGAAAAAACAGAGAAACAUUUUAAGAAUAGGAAUUCAGAAUCUUGGCUCACCUUUAUGGGGAGAUGAUAUUUGCUGUGCAGAAAAUGGUGGCAACAGUCACAGCCUUACCAAGUUCCUCUAUGUUCUCCGUGGUCUUCUGAGAACCUCUCUUUCAGCCUGCAUCAUCACAAUGCCAACACAUCUGAUCCAGAAUAAAGCCGUUAUUGCCCGCGUCACAAACUUGUCAGAUAUAGUAGUUGGUCUGGAAUCAUUUAUUGGUUCUGAGAAAGAAACUAACCCAUUGUAUAAGGAUUAUCAUGGCUUGAUUCAUAUACGGCAGAUUCCUCGGCUUAAUAACUUGAUCUGUGAUGAAUCAGAUGUCAAAGACUUAGCUUUUAAAUUAAAAAGGAAGCUAUUCACCAUUGAGAUAUGCUGGCCUUCUCACUACUCCUGGAUUCACCCAGCAAACUACCUCCUCAGGGCCUUGAUAUUGCUAUUCCCUCUGCCUAGGACAAUGCAAAUUAAAAUGACAACUAUCAUGUCAUACCCAUCAAAUUGGUACAUUUUCUAAAGCCUGGCAGUCAAGUAAGUUGGCAAAGAAGUUAAGAGAAACAGGAACUUUCAUACUCUACUGAUGGUUAUAUAAACUGUUACAACUGCUUCUCAGAAAAAGUUGGCAAUAACUUGUAAUAUGGAUACCGUGGAUGAUUUUUGACCAGGAAAUUCCACUUGUGGAUAUACACUCUAGAACAACUUCAGCACAUAAAUAAGAGGAAAAGUAAAAGAAUGUUGAAUAUAGCAUUUUUUGUGAGACAGAAAAAUAUGUUACAAAAUGAUACAUGCAUUAUGAUUGCAUUUGUGUGAAAUUUAUGAAAUUUUAAACAUGUAAAAUAACAUUAUACAUUAUUUAUGUAUAUACAUAUAUCUAGUAGUGAUUCAAAACUGUCCAUGAGAAAAAUAAAUGUCAAAUUUAUUUCAGUGCUUACCUAUAGAGAAGUAUGGAGUAGUGGAGAGAUAUACAGGAAUCUUCACUAUUCUUUUAUUCUGAAGCAAGUGUGACCAAAUGUUAGAAGGCAAUAAAGUUUAGUGAUGAGUACAUGGAUUCUUUAAUUAAUGUUAUUUUCUGAGUUUUCUAUAUAUUUGAAAUAUUUCUACGUAAAUACACACAUGCCCCAAAUCUAGCCACUUCUUACCACCUCUGCUGCUGCAAUUGUGAGCCUAAUCCCCAUCAUACCUUGCUAUCAUCAGCUUCUCACAAAGGCUGCUACAGUAGCCUCCUAAAUUGUGUACCCACACUUGUUUGCCAUACACCAUUCAAAGUAAUCCUUUAUCAUGAAGUAAAUCAGAUUAUGCUACUCCACUGCUCAGAACACGCCAGUGGCUUCUCAUUAAAAUCCGUACUAUUUACUGUGACUUAACAAAGCUCCUGUCUACUCUCACAACUCAUUCCCUACCACUUUCCCCCUAGCCCACCAAGCUGCAACCACCUUCAUCAUCUUGCUGUUGCUUGCCAACCAUGUUCUUACUUCAGCGACUUGCACCUACUGUACCCUCUAGUACAGUAAUACUAGUACCACUAGUAUUCCUUGCAUUGUUCCCUACUUCACUUUUUUUAAGUCCUCUGCUUGAAUGACCUUCUCAGAAAGGCUUUCCCUGACCAACCUAUCUUUAAAAUAUCCUCUCCCCAGGCCGGGUGUGGUGGCUCAUGCCUGUAAUCCCAGCACUUUGGGAGGCCGAGGCGGGUGGAUCACAUGAUGUCAGGAGUUCGAGACCAGCCCGACCAACAUGGUGAAACUGUAUCUCUACUAAAAAAUACAAAAAUUAGCCAGGCAUGGUGGCAGGCGCCUGUAAUCCCAGCUACUCAGGAGGCUGAGGCAGGAGAAUCACUUGAACCCAAGAGGCGGAGGUUGCAUGAGCCGAGAUCAUGCCAUUACAUUCCAGCCUGGGUGACAGAGCAAGACUCUAUGUCAAAAAUAAAUCCUCUCCCUGGCCUAAAGCAAUGACACCCCUGUAACAAUGGCAUUCUAGUGCCAGUUCUUGGUCUCUGGGCUCAGUUUUCCAGUAAAAGAAACCAGGGCUUCAGGAGAAGUGUUUGAUUGCUUGAUUCCAUGCCCAAAGAAGGGAAAAUAUAAAACAAGACUGAGCAUCAUGUGCCAAAAAGUAAGGAAACAUUUAAAGAAAGACGGAUGGGGACAUGUCAGAAAACCCACAGGAGCCAGCCUGAAAUAGCUCCUAAUGACCAAAGAUAAAACAAUUUGAGCAAGAAAAUAAUAUUGUUUUUUAGCCCCCAAAGUAAAAUAAAUAUCUAUGAGUUCAUACUAUUGUAAUAAAUAAUGAAUUAGUAAAUAUCAAAGGAAAGAGAGAAAUAGAGAAUUGCUAUUAGGCAGAUAACACAGUAAUAAAUGUUGCAAACAAGAUUCCUCAAAGGAUGCAAAAAUUAAUGGGUAGAAAUUUGAGCAAGGUACUUACAAAGUAUAAGGUAAAACUUUAUAUUGGAGAUACUGACAGACACCAACUUGACAAAAUAGUCAAGGUAAACAGCACCAGUAUAUAGGACAUAUCAGCAUCAUGAACCCCUUGGUAAAAUGCACUGAGAAGCAGACAUUAUUUUUUUAGCAGUCUUGCCAAAAAUGCGUACCUUCUAUCAUGAAAAAAUUUCAGACAAACCCAUAUUGAGGAACGUUCUAUAAAAUAACUGAUCAGUACUCUUUAGAAGUAUCAAAGUCAUACAUAAAAGAUGAGGAAAAAUUGAGGAAUUGUUAUAGACUAGAGGAGGCUAUGGAGAUAUAGCAACUGAAUGCAAGUGGGAUCCUGGAAUUACAAAAAAAAAAAGAA